AAAAUAAACACACAGCUAACGGCUAACUGCUAACAGGGCUCGCGAAGGGGCGAGCGCACUGCGCCAAAACACAUUAUAAUCGUCCCAAGUUCUUACCAGUUAUAUUAUAUUCAGCAGUGCAUUGUUUAAUAAAUCGUAAAUCAACGAGACUACAAAACACCGAAGAUGUUGAAAAGUCUGACACUGGGAACAGAAGAUUAUAACUAAACCGCGCAGGUGAGCUCCUGUCCAGGCACAUUGGUCCAUGCUCGCUGGACCUCUGGGCUUUGGGCUCAACUAGCAUGAAGAUGGCUGACUCGGACAAGGCAGAGGAUUUUGUGGAUGCUGAGUCCCCCACAGAGUGCCUUGAUGAAGCACAAUCAACCACAGGCUCUGCCCAGGAUGAGCAUCUGAAGACAGAGACCACCACCAGUACCAGCUCACCCCCCAGGGAAAAGGAGGCAGACAGCCCCUUGAAUACAGAGGGUGAGCUGAGUCUCCUCUCCAUGCCGUGCCUGAUGAAGGAGCUCCGCAGAGACUCCCCAGAGUCCCAGCACGCCUCCACAGGGAGCGACAAGCCCGCAUCUCUUCAUAUCGAUGAGAGCGACUCCUCAAACCCCUGCAUGAUGUCCCCCUCCUCCAGCGGACACCUUGCUGACUCAGACACACUCUCCUCAGGGGAAGAAGGGGCCACUCCUUCCACAGGAAAAGACGAAGAAGGAAACAUGGAUACGACAAACGAUGGGCAGGCGACAGGAAAGCAAUCAUCUUCCUCAGCGACGGGAGGGAGGAAGGCCCGGCGGUUACGUUCAGAGAGCGAGAUGCCGCACAAUGCACUGGCUGCAAAGAAAAACCGCUGCCAGCCCACCGUAGUAGCUGCGGGAGGGCCGGAAAAACAAACCAAUGGCAAGCUGGCCAAAGUGAAAGGUCACCGGAGCCAGAAACACAAGGAGAGGAUGCGUCUGCUGAGGCAGAAACGUGAGGCGGCGGCACGGAAGAAGUACAACCUGCUGCAGGACAGCAGUACGAGUGACAGCGAGCUCACGUGCGACUCCAGCACCAGCUCCUCUGAGGACGACGACGACGACACUUCAGGAGGCAGCAAGACAAUCAAGACAGACCUUACAGACGGGCUUCCGAUAGUGGGUCACUAUGAUAUUUCAGACACUGAUUCUAACCAGGAGAGUAUGAGUGUGGACACAGUGCGGCCCUCGGUGAUAAAGCAUGAGCUAAAAACACACAGAGGCCAGGAUAUGGCAGCUCACUCUGGGUGUAUAAGAGCUCUGUGCUCUCUCUCAGGCCACGUGGAGGCAGAGCUGUCGCACAAGGGAAGUUCUCUACACCACAAGGGCCAGAUUCACAUCGCCUCCUCCGACAGCGAGGUGGAGAUAGUCGGAGUGCAGGAGAAAGCACGGUGUGCCCACCCGUGUGGAGGCGUGAUAAAGAGCCUGUCCGGCUGGAAGGAGAGCUCCGUGGAGCAGCUCAUCAGCACAAACCAACCCCAGCUCUGGACUACUGUUUCCCCUCAGCCCAACUGGGUGUCCCCCCCCGAGGUGGUGGACCUCACACUGGACGAGGACGCGGGACACAAAUACCUUCUUUAAUUUAAAGAAGCAGCACACUGAAGACUCCUUCCUCCUCCUUCUCCUCUUUUGCCUUGCCUCCAUGUUACGGCUGAAAUCCUUCCCGUAGAAUCGGCCUCGCCUCUCGUGGACUCUUCCUGCUCCGGAGUGUGUUUUUAAAAAAAAAACUCCCUGUCAAAAGAAAUCAAUUGUAUCAAAGCCAUUCUACUGACGUGAUUCCCUGAUCAGCUCUGAAUUUAGUCGUAAUAAAAAAAAUGGCACAGCAUUUCAUGUGCAGGUGGAAAUGUGAGUAAGAUGUAUCUGUUAAUGAUAUCAAUAUCCUACCUUCAUUUAUACCUCAGUCACCCCUCCGUGUAGGCUGUCUCUCGGUGUUGUGUGCUUGCAAUCUGUGUAGAGAACACAUCCAGUUGCUGCUUGAGGUCAUGAUCACAAAAUGGCGGCUUCACUACGGACUCUGGAAGGCACAUUUUCAGAUUUGGCAUUUUGUACCUGCAGCUGAGACACAAACGGCAGCUGGUACACUUUUUCUUUUGGUCGUACAGUAGACCACAAAGUCGGCUUUGUACCGAUUUCUAAGGGUCAAUUUUCAAAAGUCUCACCACUGGUUUCACAUUGUGUUCAAACUGCAUGGCUUCACAUACAGGUUUAAGGUUAUCUUAAAGAAUUGCUUAUCAUUUUUGGGAAAUAUUCUUAUUCACUUUCGUGUUGAGAGAUUCUUGUACAGCAACAUAUGUCCUUGUCUCGAUAAAACCCCGAUGCAUUUUACAAUGUGUAGUCUCUGUGCAUGUGCUGUGACCGAUGUCUAGUGUCAAGACAAUUCAAUAAAUCAUUGAAGUGGAGGAUAGUUGCAAAAGUGGCUGCCAAGUUUGCCCAAAGAAUCCUCCCAGCAGCAAAGCUCAAUAAUUAACACGUUGUUGGAUUGAAACAAGUGUAAAAAAGGACAAUUUGUUGAGUUGUAUUAGUUAUUUUCCUGUCUCCACUCUUUGUGCUAAGCUAACAUGCUAAUCUGGAUCUCUCAUCUAGUCGUCACUCUAGCAAAUAAGCGUAUUUCCCAAAAUGUGUUUCUUUUGAAAUCCACAGUUAUUACAAUCCGUACGUUUUUACCAAACAAGCAGAAAACCACUGGUAAACAAACACUACACAAUCUGACUUAGUUUCACCGCAGCACUACCACAUGUUGGAGGUGUGUCGGCGAUAUACAUCUAGUAUUUAUAGGUUGAAAGCCACAGAGAGACGUAGUUAUCAGUGAAUGUAUGAACUUAUUGUUAGCAUGCUUUUUCCUGAGUGGAUGCAACCUUCCUUGAAUCUCUGGGGACCCUUUACAAACAACUGAAGAAAUGUAUCUUCCAUUGAAUACUGCAAAGCAAGAUGGCUGCCUGAAUGCCUUGAAAAGUGCACUAUUUUUCUUUGAGAAAAGCUUAUUCUUUUACCUUUAAAAAGCAGCGGAUCUCAACAAUAAAUAUUUUAAUAAUAGAUGUGAAUUUUAGCACACACACACACACACACACACACACAAAGUAGUAUACGACGUGGUGUUGAGUUUGUAGAGGCGUUUAUAGAAAGAGUUUUACUGUAUGAACCGUUUCGACCCUGAUCCUCGGGGCCUGCCUGCUCUCUCCUGUGGUCUUAUCUCUGUCUUCAUGCGGUCACGCUGGGCUUACAUUUUACAAACUAUCAAACUUUACACACUGUUCAAACACUUGGGAUCUACUUUAUGUCAGAUUGAAUAACGUCUACUUUCCUACAAGAGAUGUUAAGAGAGUUAAAUAAUCAAAUGAAUUGACUUCUGCUGGUCACAGAAGCGAAGGGAAUAUAUAAGAAACCAAAGUCUAAAUGGAAUUUACGUUUCGUCUUAUUUCUGAAUUUGAAAUUUGCUUCCAUAUUAUUUUUUUUAAUUUGCUCUGUAGGUCUAAAUUUGUUGUGAAUUGAAAUCUGUUUGAAAGUCAAGAUACAGUUUGUGAUUUUUCUUUUUGCUUGGCCAGUCAUUUCCACUAAAUGCAGCUUCUGACAAUUCUUCACUUUUCAAAAACACAGUUCUAUUGUUCCUUUUAAAAUGUUCUUGGAUGUCUUUUGUGAUGGUUUGGUUGCACAUAGCAUGUUGGGUCACAUCUCACCUCAAGUCCGAUAUUAUCCUCAUUACCAGUCAUUUAGCUUUGCUUUGUUUUUAUUUUACUGUCAGUAUUUUAAAUUAACAACAAAAAAGGUGUUUAUUUUGUUGCUUUUGCAAGUCCCCGACUUCCUUGAAAGUAUGUCUGUAGAACAAAAAAGAAACUAUUUUAAAACUAAAUAAAUAGAGCGUUAUUUAAUGAG